GCGGAGUGAAGAAGAUGUCAGCUAGUUUUCACUCGAGAGCUGGCGCAUUCAUCACAUUAAGUAAUAACAACCGCACAGCUCAGAGAAAUCACCCGAAUCAAGAGUUUAACAAUGGGGUGGUUCUCAGCGUCGAGCCUUUGCGGGACAAUCAGCUGUUUGAAGUGAAAAUUGACCGCAAGGUGAAUUCAUGGAGUGGAUCUAUAGAAAUUGGAGUCACUGCCUCGGACCCGAACCAUCUCAAUUUCCCGACAAGUGCCACUGGGUUCCGUGAAAAUACGUGGGUGAUGUCUGGGAGUUCUAUUCUGAAGGACGGUCACUCUCUAAUAGAGGAGUAUGGAAUUGAUCUGGACACGCUGGACGAGGGAGAUAAGGUUGGAGUGAUGAAGACAUCAAAUGGAGAACUCCAUUUCUUUGUUAAUGGUCAGGAUCAAGGCGAAGCCGUCAGUAACCUUCCCAACAAGGUCUAUGCAGUCAUUGACCUCUACGGCAAGUGUGCUCAGGUCUCUGUGUUAGACAGUGACAGUAAUAGGGAGACAGCAUUCAGCAAUGAGAUAGCUCAGACAAGUGGUGCUAGCAACGCAGACAACUCAAAUCAGAUCGCCCAUUCCAAUGAGAGGUUACUUUUCCACGAACGCUGUGGAAGCCUCGUUAAGUUGACCAAUAACAGAAGGACAGCGGAAAGGAGGCGCCCUCUGGAUGAAUUCAACAAUGGGGUUGUCAUGACAAACAGGCCGUUAAAAGAUGAUGAAUUGUUUGAGAUCCGUAUAGAGCGUCUGGUAGACAAGUGGUCUGGUUCUAUUGAGGUUGGCAUCACCACCCACAACCCCGUCACUCUGGACUACCCUGCCACUAUGACCAAUAUGAGAUCAGGUACUAUUAUGAUGAGUGGCUGUGGCAUACUGACCAAUGGCAAGGGAACCAGGAGAGAGUAUGGUGACUAUAACUUGGAUGAACUAAGGGAAGGAGACAGAAUAGGUCUGAUAAAGAAAUCCAAUGGCUGCCUCCACUACUACAUCAAUGGUGUAGACCAAGGGGUGGCCGCCACCAAGACAGCACAGAUGGUGUGGGGUGUGGUGGAUCUGUAUGGGAUGGCUGUCAAAGUGACCAUCCUGGAUCCUGAGGAGUGUCCAUCUGAGCCAGCCGCUCUAAACCGAUCACUGACCCACAUCUUCCGCACCAUGAGAGACUCUAUGACCAGUGCUUAUGACACUGACGAAGAAACCAGGGAAGAAGUUGAGAAGCUACUGUUUCAUCCACGGUGUGGUUCACAUGCUUCAAUUAUAAAUUGGCAGAGGACAGCAUCAAGGCCUAAUGCUAUGGAGGACUUUAAUCAUGGUGUCUGCAUCACGAACCGCUUUCUGCGCCCAGGAGAGACUUUCGAAGUGCAGAUUGACAAGAUGGUGGAGAAGUGGGCGGGGUCUAUUGAGAUUGGCGUCACUACCCACAGUGCAACUGACCUGGACUUUCCUUCCACGAUGACAAAUGUUCGCUCUGGGACGUGGAUGAUGACGGGGAACGGAGUGAUGCACAACGGGACCACUGUCAUUGAUGAGUAUGGACAAAACUUGGACAGAUUAAAGGUUGGUGAUCGUCUUGGAGUGGUCAGAAAGCCAGACGGGACCCUCCAUUUCUACGUCAACGGUAUUGACCAGGGUUCAGCGGCCACUAACAUCCCUCCUAAUGUCUACGGGGUCAUUGAUCUCUAUGGUCAGGCUGCUCAGGCCACCAUAGUGGACUCUACAGAUCCUGUGCCCACCUCAAUGCUGAUAUCAAGUGAUCUCUCUGUGGACUCUGAUGAAUUAGGGUUCCAUCAUAUUCACGGGAAAAAUGCCUGCAUCUUGCCAGGAGGGCGUACUGCCACGCGACCAAACGCACGCGGGGAGUUCAACGACGCCAUUAUAAUGAGCAAUCGCCCGCUGAGAGAUAACGAGAUGUUUGAAAUAGUGAUUGAGAAGAUGGUGGAUAGAUGGUCAGGGUCUAUAGAAGCAGGAGUCACACUGAUAAGACCACAUGAAAUAGAUCUCCCUAGUACUAUGACAGAUAUAGACUACGACACUUGGAUGCUGAGUGGCUCCUCUAUCAUGCAAGAUGGUUCAACUAUACGCAAUAGCUACAGCUGUGACCUUGACCUCCUGGGCGUUGGCGCCCGUAUCGGAAUGAUGAGGACCAGCGAAGGUGACCUGCACUUCUUUGUGGAUGGGGAGGAUAUGGGCGUGGCCUGCAGUGGGUUGCCUAGCGGUGUGUAUGCUGUAGUAGACCUGUAUGGUCAGUGUGCCCAGGUGUCUAUCUGUAAUGGCCAGACAACCAGAUUUCAUGCCAUAGAUAACCACUCAAGUCUGGAGUAUAUAGACCAGUCACUGAGCACACCUGUUAGUGUGGAGGUCAGUCACAGAUUCAGUGUUUGCUGCGGUAAGAAUGUAGCCAUGAAGAACAAUGGUACCACUGCCUGUCGCACCAAAGGCUUUAACGAGGGUCUGGUGUUCAGCAGCGAACCCUUGAGGAAUAAUGAACUCUUUGAGGUCAGGGUGGAUCAGUUAGCCAAGCAGUGGUCAGGGUCACUCCACAUUGGUCUGACCACCAUGGCCAUCUCAGACACCACCCCCACCUCCCACCUGACCCCUCGCGCCACUGACCUCAGGUCAAAGGCCAAGGUCACCUGGGUCGUCUGCGGGUCAGAGGUCAAGAAGAAUGGCGUGACGGUCAAGGAGAACUGUGCUCCAUCUUUGGAGAGACUUGAGAUAGGCGACACUGUAGGCAUUAAGCGCUCAGCAGAUGCUACGAUGCACGUUUACGUGAAUGGUGAAGAUUUAGGGGUUGCGGCUAGUAACAUUCCAAAGAAUGUGUUUGCAAUCAUUGACCUGUAUGGGAUGGCGGAGACAGUGACGGUGACCAGCAGUGCAUUCCCAGAUAUCUUAACCAGUCCCACGGGACCGCCAUCAAUGAGGUCAGAAAGCAGCGACUCUUUAGAGAAGGAAACGGACCAGGAUACAGCUGAAGGAGUCAAUCUCCAUUUCCAUGGUAACCAUGGCAAGAACAUCAACCUUAGCAACAAGAACAUGACUGCCUCACGUACUGCCAGCUACAACCAAGGCAUUGUUAUCACCCAGAGACCAUUGCCCAGGAAUCAUAUAUUCCAGAUUCGCCUAGACAAGUUAAACCCUCGCUGGACGUCCUCUGUCAUGAUUGGGGUGACGGGAACACCAGCAGACAAACAAACAUUCCCAUCUAGUGCCAUCAGUGUGAAGAAGAUGACGUGGAUAAUACAAGGGACGUCAGUUUUUCAAAAUGGCGUGAAGGUCAAAGAGAAGUACGGCUGUGACCUGGACGCUGCUGCCACUGGUCAUGUGAUAGGUGUCAUGGUGGACUCGGACAGCGUCCUGCAUCUCUAUGUGGACGGUGUAGACCAGGGUCCAGCAGCUCGGGACAUUCCAAAACAGUGUUAUGGCAUUGUGGAUUUAUAUGGUCAAUGUGAGGAGGUAACCAUAGUGACAGAAGCUGAUCUCCAUGAGGAAGUUGUUACGGCAGACAGAGAAAAAGCUGACAUAGAAGAUGGAAUGAAAGAAAAUAUUUGCCAAAGUCCCCCACCAGAAGUAAACACAAAAAUUAGGAACUGUGAAUAUCAAAAUACAUGUGCCCGGCUGAAGAUAAUACUGGGUUUGCCAGAUGGUUACUUUAGUCCUGAACAUAACAUGUGUUACUGCGAGACUUGCCACAAGAUACGCGGAGAUGAAUCGUACUACAAACGUGGUGACCCACCCAAAGACUACGCUGUGCCAUUUGGUUGGUGCCGUUUUGCCUUAAAGGUUCCUCAUCGCGCCCAGGUGCUGAAUGUGUUUGAGAAGUGGCACAUAGCAUUUCAUGGGACGAGGUUUGACUGUGUUCGCAGGAUUCUAGAUUGCGGGGAUCUUCUCAUGCCAGGAGAUCUUGCCAUGGGUGGACACCAGCUGGCGACACAGCCAGGACAUUUUAACGAGAACAAGAAACCAGACGGGUUUGACAUCAAGCAGAUAUUCCUGUCUCCAACUAUAAGAUACUCUGGGUGCCAAACCUAUGCCCCAAAGUGCCAAUUUAGAGACCCGAAGACAAAGAAGCUUCUCAGCGCCAGGGUAGCAUUCCAAGUUCACGUGAAACCCGGCUCUUACAAGGUGGCGCCACAAACAAUAGGAGCUAAUGAACAGAUUGAUCCCAAACUAAGUAAUAAUGAACUUGAGUGGUCGACGAAGGAGAGAGGAUCUAUUGUGCUCUACGGACUUCUGAUCAAGGUGGAGCAGUGACAGUGGCUCCAUCUAUUGUAUUAAUACAAUACUCAUUUCAAGCAUUAGUUAAGUUGAGGGUGUUUGUUAGGGGCAGAAGGGUUCUAGAGACUCUCGUUCUUAUAGAACAAGCAUGAUUCAGGCUGGCCAUAGAAAGUAUUACUAUAGAUGAAAUUAAAUUAUGGAAUUUUUUGCCACUCUAAGCAGUAGCACUUUAAUACUUGCAUACAAUUCUUUGGGUUGAGAAGGUCAAUUUGGUCCUUCAAGACAUAAUGUUUGUCUUAGCCACUGCUUUGUUUAAUAUAGAAUGGGAGAUAUCAUUUCAAACUUCAGGGCUUUGGAAGCCUAUUAGUACUGAUGGAAGUAUUUAAUAUAAAACAGCAUUGGUAUGUAUAAUCACCCACUUAAAUUAGGGGCAGGUUCCACAAAAUAUCUUAUGCCCAAAAAUUGGUCAAAGUUCUAGGCCAAAAGUUUGGUCUAGUUCUGUUCAAGCUUAAUCCAAAGUAGUUCACAUAAGUAGAUUUUGUUCUGUUCUAAUUAUAUCCUUCAUUUCAUAGAAUAAUAUUUUAAGAUGGCUAUCAUUGAUAUAUUUUAUAAAAUUUCAGGUAGUUUGAAAUUUUGGUUUCCAAAUUUACACCAGUUUUGGGUUGAAGUUGUCUUGUGCAGCAGGUGCAGUGGAGGCUGUGUGCCAGAUAUUGUAGUUAUGAUAAAGUUGUCAGGAUAUUUAUUGAUGGUGCUAUAUAGAUAAUGAAAUGGUGAAAACAUUUUAUUUGAGAUUUGCUGGGGGUGGGGUCUUGGGGAUGACAAAAUAAUUACAAACUGCCUCUAAUCAUUCAAAUGAAGAUAUAUUUAUUAUAUUACAUUGUACACUUGGUUGGCAGAUUGCUUGAUUUUCGUCUUGUUUCAUAUUAUUUAUUUAUUUAUUUUUAUUUAUUAUUAUUAUUUAUUUUUUUUCUUUUUGUCUCAGAAUAAUUUCUGAUCCUCUAGAUGUGUACAAUAAAAAAUUUGGUUUGAAGUUCUAGAAUUUGAAAUAAGAAAAUAGUGUAAUAAAUCCUUGAGCCAUGUGAUGAGGAUUCUGGGAUAAGGCAUUGUGGGAUAGCUGCAUCCGCCAAGGAAGUUAUGAUGUUUACCUUUGUAAGGCUAGUGAAACUACUGUCAAUCAUGGCCUAAUUGUGUAAAAUGUUUGUAAAAUUGUGUCCAAACUCUGUGUAUUAAGUUAUUGAAUCAUUUGACACUGUGGCAAUUCGUAAGCGCUUCAUUCAUGUAUAUUGUGAAAUCGAUGUCAAUUCUCAUUAUUACAGUAACAGACGCGUGCAUUCUUUGGUAAGCUGAGAUCAAUAUGAAAGAGACAAAGAAAAACAGCACAGUUUGUUUGCUGUUUGCAAUAUUUCAAUCAUUCUUUCACCUUUGAGUUCAAUGGUACCUGAAGGCAGAUGUCUUAUGGCAUCAAGUUAACAGAUAUGAUGUGAGGUUCAAGUUAAAAAGGAACCGCAGGUCGACUAUGUGCUUGUAGUGCAAGAAUUUAAAGAUGCCAAAUUUGUAGAAUUGUGACAUUUGUAGAAUUACGAAUAUUUCAGUACACUUUGUUGUUGUAACUCUGUACAAAUGUCUCUCUCUGUUUAUAAAAUAAAAUGUUUCCAAUUG